AUGGCAACAGAUUCUUUCCACGGCGCUCAUGCUGCAGCAGGUCCAUCCGAAAUGGGCAUGUCCCCUUCAACAGGAAACCUGCUCCGGAUGUUUCAGGAAUACCAGAGCAACGCUGUCAUCCUCGAGCAUUACAACUUCACGGGAAAGCUGAAGGAGAACAAAUACAAAGAAGGACUCAAGCCGGAGGCAAUUGCCUUUCUUCUGGUCUGCCUGCUUAUCAUUUUAGAGAAUGCGGUGGUGCUCGCAGCCAUCUGGAAGAACAAAAAAUUCCAUCUGCCAAUGUACUAUUUGUUGGGCAACUUGACUCUCUCGGACCUGCUGGCAGGUUUCACCUACAUGGUGAACUUGAUAACGUCUGGUGCCAACACAUUAAACAUGACCCCUGUGUUGUGGUUUCUAAGAGAAGGAGGGGUUUUCAUCAUGCUGGCCGCAUCCGUCAUCAGUCUCCUGGCCAUCGCUAUCGAGCGUCAUGUUACCAUGGUGAGGAUGAAGCCUUACCAGGGCGACAAGCAAGGCCGAAUGUUCGCCCUGAUCGGCGCCAGCUGGGUACUGUCAGUGCUGCUGGGCGUUCUACCUGUUCUAGGUUGGAACUGUAUGGGUCGGCUGAACCAGUGCUCCACCGUCCUUCCGCUCUACGCCAAGAGUUACAUCCUCUUCUGCGUCACCGUAUUUAUCGCCAUCCUAAUGUCAAUCGUGGUUCUCUACGUGCGCAUUUUUCGCAUUGUGAAGUCCAACACCCAGCGUCUUGGCUCAGGCCCGCAAAGAAAAGGCCUGUACCGGAAGUCGCAGAAGUACAUGGCCCUGCUAAAGACUGUCACUAUAGUUCUGGGAGUCUUCAUUGCAUGCUGGCUGCCCCUCUUCAUCCUCCUGUUGCUCGACUUCUUCUGCCCGACUAAAAGCUGUCAAGUGCUUUUCAAGGCUGACUACUUCCUGGGAAUCGCCAUGUUCAACUCCCUUCUAAAUCCCAUCAUCUACACUUUGACAAGCAAGGACAUGAGGAGGGCCAUCCUCAGGCUGCUUUGCAGUAGCUGCCUUUUAACUAAAGAUGGACAAGUGAAAAAGAUCGGGAUGCCCUUCCUGGAGUGCAGCACCAGUAAGACGGACGCUGCCUCACAUAGAUUGGAGGGAGUGGAAACCACUGUGUCUUCUGGAAAUUUUACACCUUCUACGAUAAAAGCUAUCUUUCCUAAACUCUCCAAGACAUGA